GUCCCCAGGCUAUGGGGCGCCACGACUCUCGCCACGGCAGGGAGGCGCCCGGCAGCCCACCGGGCAGCGCACUUCGAUCCCUUCGGCGCAGUGGCGGCCGCAGCAAAUACUCUCAGGCCAGGGGGCGUGGCAGCGCAGCCUCAGCGCCGAAAGCAGAGCCGCUCUUCAAGGGCAAGGUGCCGCACCCUCGACGUCCAAAGUGCUGCGAAGGAGCCAUCGGGAAGCCUCCCCAGGUGAUCCGGGCCCUUGCUACUCCUCGCGUAGCCUGAGGAAUGAUGACCCGCUGUCCCGGACCUUUGCUUCGGGUGAGGUCGAGAGUGCGCAGGUCCUGUGCGCGCCACGGGAGACCCCAUCACCCAGGCCCCAGGUCCGCGUCGCCCUGCCUCCCGGAGGAGGUGCCCCGGGCGUGCAGCGCUGUGCCAGCGCCUCCCUUGUGAGGCCGAACAAGCAGAGUCCGCAGAGACAGAGCUCCACAGGCCCUUUUUCUGCCCGUGCCUCGGCCUCCCCGCAGCGGAAGUCGCCAUCGCCGGAGCCGCGGUGCAUCGCCCCCGAGUCUCCGCGCAACAACACGAGGGCGGAGGGUCGGAGGCCGAAGGAAGGCGAUGGUGGCUUCCUCGGCCUCGAAAGAGCCAGCCGGAGCACGGAGCACCUUCUCAUGGAGCGCAUCGCCGCUUUGGAGGCUCAGGUCAUCGACAGACACGACCUCCUGCAGAAGAUCAGCAAGCAACAGGAGCAGCUAGAUCGCCUCGAGAACCUGGCUCGCGAGAACGCAAAGCUGAAGAAGGCGCAAGUCGCCAAGGGUCCCGCCCGGCGCGGGGCACCGGCCAACACGACGGGAGGCCAGCGGCGAGGGGCGCCGCGCCCGGAGCCAACGGUAACGCGGCGCAUGGCCCCCGUCCCGCAGGCUUCGGAGGCGCUGCUGCCCACGCUGAUGCCACGGCGAGGCUUUGGACAGGCUGCUGUUGUGGAAGUGCAAAAGGCGCGAUCACCGAAGGCGAAGCCCAGCUCUGGGAUGAUUCCGGUCCGAUCCAACUCACAGGAGGCCCUCUGGCAGCCCCUCAGCUCCCCUAGGGAGGUCCUGAAAGUCCAGGCCAGCAUGUCAGUGGGACAGCUUGUGCCGGAGAAGAAGGCCCAGGAGCUGGACCUACGCCUCGGUGAGCUCGAGGCAGCCCUGGGCCUCCCGAACGACGGCUCCGAGGCGACCACGACAGGGCCAAGGCUGGAUGAGCUGGAUGUCUCUCCCGAG